UUAAUAAUAUUUCGGCUGUAUCCAAAAACUGCCAGCAAUCGGCUUUUACAAUUUUUUUAGAAAUAUAUAUUGACUGGAGAGAAUAAUGUAAGUUUGCUUUAGAGGUGUCUAAUUAAGAACCAUCUUAAUGUGAAUGAAGUUAUUGCAAUGGCAGGUGAAAGUAGUCAAGUGACACUUACCGUUCGUCUUAUUAGAUCAUUUGAGCAUCGUAUCAUCAAGCAUGUUGUGUACCAUGAUGUUAAUCUAGAUCAGAUAGUAUCUGACUUCAAACAGUAUGUGAAGACAGAACUGAAAACACAUGCUGGUCUUCCACCCCCAGUCAAGACUCAUAAUUAUGAUACAAUGAAAAUUUCCCAUCAGCCUUUUGGAGCCAAGGUAUUAUUUUUUUUCAUCACUCUCU